AGCGUGCUCGGAAACUUCGCGUCCUCAGUCUUUGUUUUGGUACGCUACUCCCACCAUCACCUCUCCGCUGCGUAACUUUAUACGAUAUUAUAAUAUUCUCUCGUCGAGACCCGUUUAUAGCGCUCUUAACAACACACCAAACGUUACACACGUUACGAGUUUCAUCCCAGUAGCUGUGAAAACGCUGGCCAACAAAUAUGAAUAAUAAAAGCCCCGCUAAUUCAAUUUUCGACGGUUUCAAAAAUAAUGCGAUGUCCAAGUUGGGCGUCACAAAACUACUAUCUCAAAGUUUUUCACCAAACUUCGGCGGCGGAUCGUCCUCGAAGCCCGGGCACGCUGCCAGCGCUGAUGAUGUGUCGGCGUCUGCAAGCAGCCAUUACCACCACGGCGGAUCUUCAUCCGCGGCCAGUGCCACUGAGCACUUGCUGCACAAGGACAUAGCGGCUGUGGCGCAGGGAGGAUGGAACGUGACAAAGUCACUGAUGAAUGUCAAAGCCGAGGAAGAUAACCACGAUCGUUGUCAAUCUCUGAUCGAGUUGAACAAAGAGCCACCGGCCGUGCCAUCCGAGAAAGUGGGCCAAAUAAAUUUUGGACUCGAAUACGACUACCAGCAAAACACGUUGAUACUGCGCAUAAUCGCGGCCAAAGACUUGCCGGCGAUGGACUUGAGUGGCACGUCUGACCCGUACGUUCGGGUGACAUUGCUGCCAGACAAAAAGCACCGACUGGACACGAAAGUGAAACGCCGAACCCUAAACCCGCGCUGGAACGAGACACUCUAUUUUCAGGGUUUCACAAUGCAAAAGUUGCACAAUCGGACUCUUCACUUGCACGUGUUUGAUUAUGAUCGUUUCUCCAGAGACGAUUCUAUUGGCGAGACAUACAUUGAGUUGAACAACGUUGAUUUUACCGCAAAACCGGUGUUUUGGAAGGAUCUUACAGCACCGCUAAAGGAUAAGUGCGGCCAUUUGUUGACGUCAUUGUCUUACAAUCCGAUGACUAACAAUUUGACACUCGGCAUCAUUGAGGCCAGAAACCUCAAGGCUAUGGACAUAAAUGGAAAAUCUGAUCCGUACGUGAAAGUGUGGUUGCACGUGGGUGACAAAAAAGUGGAAAAACGCAAGAGCAUGGUUUUCAAAUGCAAUCUAAAUCCGAUUUUUGACGAGAAGUUUGAGUACACGUUGCCGGUGGAACAGCUUAGGGAAGCGGCUUUGGAGGUGAUGGUCAUGGAUUUUGACAACAUUGGUCGUAACGAACUCAUCGGCAAGAUAACAAUAUCAUCCAACAAAAAUGCGACUGGACAGCUGGAGGCACAGCACUGGAAGGACAUGCUAAGCAAACCGAAGCAGAGCGUUGAAUACUGGCACCGAUUGAAACCUGAAUAAUUUAUUUAUUAUCGAUAUUAUUGAUAUUAUUAUUAUUAUUAUUAUUAUAACUAUAAUAUUAUAAUAAGGCGAGUGUGUUAUAAAGUUUUUAUUCUAUUUUAUU